AUGGGGACCUCCCCACCAUUAUCUCCGAUAGCAUCAUCAGCAGCAUCAUCCGUUCUUUGGUGCUCUGGAGAAUCAUCAUCAACAUCGCCAGAUCUUACAAUUCCACCAUCAGGAUUGCUAACUGAGUGUAAUUAUGAUCUUGAAUCAUCAUCCUCAUCAGAUUUUGUUUGGACCUCUCAAAAUCCCUCCUCAACAUCACCAGAUCUCAUAAUACCUCCAUCAGGAUGGGUAACUGAGGUGACACCUGAUGAUCAAGAAGUUGAUGAGAUUUUCCAUUUACAAUCAACAGAAGAAUCUGACAAUAGCUUUUUGGAUUAUAUGCAUGGUCGUGCUUUAGGACGACAACAUACACCAUCACCAACACAGUACUCAGCAUCAUCACGAUCUACCACCUCAUGCACACCUCCACCACAGCUAUUACAACAAUAUCAGCAGAGAGAACGAGAACAACAACAACAACAACAACGACAGCAUGUAUAA